GGACGAUCCUUCAAGGAUUCGGACCAUCAAUUAUAUCGAAACAUAAAGGAUAUGCAAUGACUUUUAUCUGGUUUUAUAGAAUAUCGAUACGUGUAAAUUUGUCUAGGCCGCGCCGACGUCGAUCGGCAUCGAAUCGAUGCACUACGAAAAUUCGAAACUGCCCUUCCCCAGCGUGACCCUUUGCCCGAGCGACCGCGUAGAUUGGAACCGGGUCCUCGAGCUUGAACCGAGGAUCUUUCCUAAUGAUACGGAUGAGGCGAGUCUCGAGACUUUCCGUAAGAUACUGGGCAGGCUUUCCAUAAUAACCUUCGGGGAUUUCGAUGAGCUGGAUUUCCUGAAGAAUCAUAAUGUGCGCAGUCUCUCGGGUAUCAACAUAACUCAGGUAUUGCACGAGGUGAUGCCGUCCUGCGACCAAUUGAUGUCCACCUGCUGGUGGCGCAAUGCCGAUCGCAAUUGCUGCGAGAUCUUCGAGGUGCAGAAGACUGAGUAUGGCUUCUGUUACUCGUUCAAUUCGGAAAUGGCGGUGAUGUCCCCGGCGGAUCCCACGGAAUCGCGACCACGAAGAGCAUCUGGCUACGGCGAAUGGAGCGGCGUCAAGGUUACGAUUCAUCUGGGAAACAUAACGAAGCCGCCGAAUUCCGAGAUGAUUGGCAGUGUCGUGGUGAUAAUAAACGGGCCGCAUGUCUGGCCCAACAGUGGCACCAUGAUACCGUCAGGCUCGCUGGUUAGCCUAUCCUUGGAAUGCGUUUCCGGAUACGCCACUCAGCGCGUCCUCGAGCUGGACCGCGACAGGCAACCGUGCCGGUAUGACGAGUCAGGCGAGUACAAUCAGGAGACCUGUCUCUCACUCUGCAAACGCAAUUACGUCACCAAGUAUUGCGGCUGCAAUCCGUCCUUCCUGUUCCCCGCAACCGCUCACUAUCGCGACUGCACCAUCGAGGAUUUUAUCUGCCUGCUCAAUUACAACGUGUCUUUCGGCGGCAUAAUCGGCUUAUUUCUGGGCGGCUCAUUGCUCAGCGCUGUCGAGCUCGUCUAUUACCUGAUAGUGGCGGUGCUCUCGUUUCUGCGCUCGCGACGAAGAGCCGAGGGAAGAAAGACGCGGCCGAGGUCGACGAGGUCGAGCGUGACGAUCGUCCACAACACGACUGCGGUGCUGCCCAUCCUGGAUUACAGCCCUCUGAAACAGCGGGCUAGGAGGAUACCGAUUUUCGCGAAUUACGCUCUCGCAGAAUCGAAUUUGAACAGGUAUUGA